UCCAGUUCCUGCUCAUUUCACGAUUGUUUUAUUAUGCUCAGCAGAUUAAGUGGUCGGGCUCGUGAGUUGGCUGAUCAAGCCAUGGUAGAGCUUCGAGAUGCAUUAGAAGAUGAGGCUGAGGAAAGCGAAGGGGAGUCUCCUACUGCUCAAUCACCUUCCAGUCGAGUCGGUCCAUCGACACAGGAGCCCGCCAUUUGUGACGAAGAAUCCGUUCCAGCACUAGAGGCCGAUGAGGACCCCCCGCCUCCUCCUCCGCCACCGCCUCCGCCACCGCCUUCCCCUGGUGGUGCUAUUCAUGAUGAUGCAUAUACAGUGAUGCCUACAUCUGGUCAGUCUGGGUCUACUGCAAUCCAACUGGGUGGCGUUACGAGUUCGCAGUCAUCGUCCAGCGUGGAUGACCUUCUCGACGUUUUGUCAUCGGAUAGUUCGAAUGGUCGGGCUUCGAUCGCGCAGAUUAUCAAGCAGGCCACGGCAGCGAACAGAACCCUUACGGAUGUAUCAAAGAGUUUACCCCGGGACACAAUACCUUCCAAGGGCCCUCUAUUGGUAAGGCUGCAAACAACAGUGCGAGUGCUCAGCGAUAUGGUGGCCUCAGCAUCGACCGCGAGCGAGGCCUCAGUUCCUGAGCAGCAGCAGGAUCAGGCUAUUGCUGAGUUAAUGAGAGCAGUGGAGGAGGAGACAGAACGGCAUGAAAUUGAGAGAGCACGCAUGACCCAGGAGGUGAGUCGAACGAAUGCAGAGAAUGUUGAACUGAAACAACAGCUGGAAGAACUCCAUAAGGAACAUAUGAAAGCGAUUGAAGCCGCUGAGGAAAGAACCAAUAGUGCAGAGGAAGUCGCCGAGACUGCACAAGACGAUUUGGCGAAAUACAAGCUCAUGCUGGCUAAAGUCGUGGCUGAUCGUGCUGAGCUCUCUGAGAAGCUAGAUGACGAGGAUAGAGUUGAUGCUGGUAUAUUACGGCAGAUGCUGGUUCGUGUUGCUGCGAAUAUCGAUAAUUCAGCUGUUCGGACAGAUGCAUUGUCGGUGAUGGCAGAGGUCAUACGGCUACCAGAUGAGGUCCGACGUGAGUGUGGUCUGCCUGUGAGGCGGUACUCAGCCAGUACCGGUCCUACGUUGACGCGGAACUCCUCACUAGCGGACAAAUUCGUCAAUUUCCUCGAUGGGGAAGUUAAUGGUGGCGGAGCGGAGCCUACUAGUGGCGAACAGCGAGAUCUAGGCCGUGAUGAGAGCAAGUCGCCGAAACAAGUGACGACAGAGAUAAGAACUGUAUAGCAUAUAUGAUGAACUAUUUAAUAAGUGUUUCUCUA